UCCAUGGCAGGGUGGUGUCAGCAGCAGCAGCAUUGUGUGUCCUCAUGGCUGGGGCUGGUUCUCCUCAGACUCACCCUGGCUCUCUGCCUCCUCUACCCGUCCUCGGAUGCUCUUCCAUGGGAAACACAGGCCAGUGGCUCCCCUGUGGAGGACUAUGAGGUGGUAAGUGGGACCUUCUCUCGGCCGGUGCUCAGUGUGGGCUACCACAAGAUACUGGAGAUACCGGCUGGAGCUACUAACAUCAGGAUACAGGAGUCUGUCAAGACCAGGAACUAUCUGGCGCUGCGGACUUUGAGUGGUGUCUCCAUCAUCAACGGCAACUGGGCGAUCGACCGCCCGGGCCUGAUCGUUGCCGUGGGAACCCGGCUGACAUACCGGCGACCCAACGAGAUCCGCUCCAGAACCGGAGAGUCCAUCACCGCACCGGGACCCACCAACGAGGAGUUACAUCUAUACUUGAUCUAUCAGCAGCCUGGUCCCAGUGUGUAUUAUGAGUACAGCCUUCCUCUCCAUGACACACACCCCGCCAUACUGCCCCUGGUUGAGACUGUUGGCCCCACCUACUCAGGAAGCAAUGAUGUCACCAGUGGAAUGGGCAUGGCCAUCAAUGAUGUCAGCGGUGGGAAGGGCCAUCCCAACCAGGUGCCCUCUGACCCCGUGGUGAACCCUGACCUCUUGGCUCCUCCUCACGGCUGGAUCAGCAGCGGCCACACAGCCUGCAGCGCCUCCUGUGGUGGGGGUAGACGCCAGGCGCUGUGGGAGUGUGUGGAGACUGAGAGCCAGACCACGGUACCAAGUGACCUCUGUAGCCACGCCCAGCGACCCCCAAACCAGGAAGUGGUCUGCAACACCCAGCCCUGCCCCGCCUUCUGGGACCUGGGGGAGUGGUCAGAAUGCAGCAGAACCUGCGGUCCGGGGUCCCAGCACCGCCAGGUCAUCUGUCGUCAGGCGCUCGGUAACCAUAGCAACGGGACGGCAACGGUGGUCACCGUGGAGACGGCGCAGUGCAGAGGUUAUGAUAGGCCGGAGACGACAUCGUCCUGUCAGCUGAAGAUCUGCAGCGAGUGGCAGAUACGCUCCGAAUGGAGCCCGUGUUCAGUCCCGUGUGGUGUGGGCCAAAGCAGCAGAGAGGUGGUGUGUGUAGGUAACCAGGGGGACGUAGAGGGGGACGACCAGUGUAACCUGGGGGUGAAACCAGCUCCUCUCCAGAACUGUGACAUGGGACCCUGCGCACGACACUGGUUCACCUCACCAUGGAGCACACGGUGUUCUACAGAGUGUGGCGAGGGCAGUCGUAGUCGCUCAGCAGUGUGUCUGUUGGACCAUGUGACUAAACUACCAUUGGACGGCUGCGACGGGGCCCGCCCACAGGAAGUGACGUCAUGCGACGCAGGGCCGUGUCACCGCCACCUGGAGUGGUACACUGGACCCUGGGGACAGUGUUCGGCGGAAUGCGGAAACGGAACCCAGACCAGGGGCGUGGCCUGUCUACUCCAUGACAACGGUCGCCUGGAGGCUGUGGACCAAUCAAACUGCUCCCACCUGGAUCGACCAAUGAGCUCUCAGAGCUGCCACCUGAAGGUGUGUGGGGUGCAGUGGUACACCACCGAUUGGAGCACGUGUUCUCGCUCCUGUGACGGAGGUUACCGUGUGCGUGAGGUGUGUUGUCUUGCCGACAACGUGACCCCUAGUGACCUGUGUGACCUCAGUUCGACCCCUGAGAGUCGGGAGGAGUGUAACACGCAGCCCUGUUUACCUGAGAAAGUGUCAUCAUGUAGUGACCAGUACUAUAACUGCGUCCUGGUGGUCCAGGCCCGGUUGUGUCUCUACACCUACUACAGAACUGCCUGCUGUUCAUCCUGCUCCUGAAGAACCACCUCCGCAGGCCACGAACACACACUCACUCCUCAAGAACACCUCCGCAGGCCACGAACACACACCACUCCUCAAGCACCACCUGUGCAGGCCAUGAGUGUCCCAGAUAGAAGUUGGUCUCCCUGAGAUCACCUGGCUCCUGGAAUACACACCUGAAGGAACCACACCUGAAGGAACCACCUGAAGGAACCACACCUGAAGGAACCACCUGA